AUGUCCGAUGUGCCGUGUACUGUGCGUCUCAACGUCGAUGAAGAGAAAGUAGUAGAUGUCUCGGAAAAGCCAUAUGUCAACAAGGUCAGAACUUCUUCGGAAGGAGCGUUUGACUUGACGAUUCGCAAACCGAAUGUUGCCAUAACGACCAUAACGGACAACUGCAAGCAACUGAUGGAAAUGGAGCCGAAAAAUAUGUGGGCUCGCUAUAUGUACACCUUAUGCCUAAUGGAAACUCGCCCAGCGGAGUGUCAUACAGAGAUUUUGGAAAAUUUAGGGAAAUUGGCCACUGAACUUGAUGAGAAAAGAAAAGAGAUAUACAAGAAAUUGGCUUCCCGUCAAAUAUUGAACCGAAUUCUUCGAGAAGAAGUUGACGGUUGUCCACUUCUUGAGCUGCUUAUGGAUGGCAAGCAGAGUGAUCUGGCAAUUCGAAAUGCUCAAAUAUCGAGCUUGGAUGGAGUGGAACUUCUGGCAGGUUUGGUAACCCAUCUGGAUGUCAGCGGCAAUCAGCUGUCAAGUCUCGAUGAAGUGUUAUUGCCAAAUCUUGAGUAUCUCACAGCCAACGAAAAUCCCAUCAAGAGACUAUCCGCCACUUCCACUUUGUGCAACCUGAAAUUCCUUUCGCUAGGCGCUUGUCAGCUGGAUGAAGCAGAAUGUGUUUUGCCUGCUCUGAGGGGCAUGUGUUCGUUGGAAAGAUUCCUCUACUGCGAGAAUCCUCUAGUCGAAAAGACUAAGGAAUUGCAAGAGGAACUGCCAUCAAUUAGGUUGAUCCCUUACUAUCUGUGA